AGCAGUGUCUGUGCAGUGCGGCACGUUUUCCUCCUGCGGCGGCAGCAUGGGCAUCUAGUUGUGGCUGUGUCGGGAGAUGUCCGUAGAGAUGGUGGAGCUCUCAGUAAAAGCCUCGGAGCCGGUCCGGCCGGCUGCCGGGAUCCUGCAGCAGAACCGCGUCUUCCUCGACUUCUUCUGGGACCUGGCCAAACCGGACCAGGAGGUCAGGCUGAAGGCGGUGGAAAACCUCAUCCAGUACCUGAAAGCCAACAACAAGGCCGAUGAGUUGGAAUACACCUUUAAGAGGCUGGUGGAUGGACUGGCGCACACACGAGAGACUGCGAGACCUGGAUUCAGCCUGGCUCUGGGGCAGGUGUUGAGCGCCUUUGAAGACAUCUCUCUGCAGAGUAUACUCGACAGAAUCAAAGAAAAGCACAAUUUGCAGACAGUGAAAAAGAAACUCGUCAGGAAUGCUAUGUUUGGAAACUUGUUUGGCGUCCUCGCCCUUCAUCAGUCCAGCCGCCUCUCUAAAGAGCCGCAGGUGGUGUUGGGAUGUGUGCAGGUCCUCCAAAGCCUCAGCGAGCACAGACAACACCUGAAGGACCUGCCACAAAAGGCCAUGAUGGACAUCCUCACUGAGAUCCCAGAGGUGGUGUUUGAGGAGGUCCUGCUGGGCGCUUUGCAAACUGACCUGGCAUCAGCCUUCAGCACCCCAGAGCAGCUGCAGCUGCUGUUGGUGGCACUGCAGCACUUCCCACAAACCCUGAAGCCCAAGAAACUCAAGAAGUUGCUGGGCUCCUCGACCAUCAUCAACUCUGACAACAUCCCAAAGUUGGCAGAGGUGUUAAAGAUGGCAGCCCGCUCGGCGAAGAAGGAGUGCGUCCUCCCAGCAGUGGUCCUGGACCUCCUGAAGCUCUCACUGAAAGAAGACAGCUUCCAGCUCUUCUGGAAUAAAGCCAUCAUCGACGGCAUGUUGAAGGAGCAGCCGGGGCCAACUCAUUACCUGAGCUUCCGGCUGCUGGGCAGUGCCCUGCCUCUUCUGUCUGUAGCCCAGCUGCAGGAAGUGUUGUCUGGAGAGGUGAUGAUGCACUACGGGGAGCAUGUGGUGUCUGCUCAGAGACCCAACCGCUUCAAGCUGGCUCCAGAGAUGGACGCCUACGUGUCGGACUUCUUGCAGGGCUGUCAGGACUCAGACAAACAGCUGGCAGUGAUGGUGGGCUUCUCCUCGUUGACCAACCGGGGUUACCCUGUGGUGCCGUCGGUGUGGAGGGUGGUGCAGCACCUGCAGCCUGCAGCUCUGCAGAACUACGUGGCGUGGCUGAAGAACAUGUUCGUGCAACCUCAGCUGGACAAGCUGCUGGACUUCAGCACUCGCAAGCAGAAAGACAAUCAGGAAAGACGGGAACAGAGGGAGAACUAUAUAUUCCACCUGCGGAAGUGGAUCGUUGCUCGGCUCACCUCAAUCAUUGACAACCACCAGGUGAAGAAGCAGGAGGAUCUCAUCAUGGAUGUGGCCAGGUUUGUCUUUUUCCACGCUUUCUUCAGUGCCAAGAAGGCCUCAGCCGACAUCUCAGAGACCAAGGGGAAGCUUUCCGUCCCGCUGGAUGAUAAAACCAGAGGAGUGCUUGUCAGUUCUUUCUUUGGACUCCUCCUGUCCCUGCACCACCUGCCCCUCUCUGAGGACUCAGCCGAAGGCGCGGCUGUCAACCAAAAGCGGGCGCUGGGCGUGACGGCCGAUGGCACCAUGUGGAUCUACCACCUGGUCCAGUACGCCCAAGUCCUGCUUAACCAGCCUAAAUACGUGCAGAGCAGUCAGCCUUUCAGCCCUGAGCAGAGACAGGCCUGGGACAGCAUGAUGGAGUCGGUGGCAAACCUGAAGAAGAAAGCAAAGAAAGGCCAAACAGAAGAGAGCAGCGCGUUCCAGCAGCUCUUCCUGUUGGUCGCCAUGCACCUCUUUAAGGCCCCUGAGGAGCUGCUGGACAUCAUGAAAGACCUGCGGAGCUGUGUGGACAAAGCCCAGGAGAAUAAAUCGAAGAAGAAGAAAAAGAAACAGGCCACAGACCAGGAGGAGGAACCCGAUUGGGUGGAGGUAAUGGUGGACAUCUUGUUGUCCCUGCUGUCCCAGCCGAGCCGACAUAUCAGGCAGGUCUGCAAAACCGUCUUCUCCUCCAUCUGCCCCCAUGUUACGGCAGGAGCCCUCACCGCCAUCUUAGAUGUUUUGGACCCAGAGAAGGAUGAUGAGGAGGGCAGGGCUGUGGUCGUCACGGACGACAACAACACCAACAAAUCCCAGCAUCAAAAAACAAAGGAAGAGGAUGAUGAGGAACAUGAUGAGGAAAUGGAGGAUGACACGUCAGAUGCAGAAGAUGAUGACUCUGACAAGGAUGAUGAUGAUGAUGAUGAUGAUGAAGCAAUGGAAGAGGGGAAAGAGGAAGAAGAAGAAGAAGAGGAAGAAGAAGAAGAGGAGAUGGAAGGAGAAGAGGUGGACCAAAAUUUCCGUUUGAAGUUGAUGAAGGUGUUGCAGCAGCAGAAUGCUCUGGCCACAGAAGAGGACGGCAGCAGUGAUGAAGAUCUGGAUGAUGAAGCCAUGAUCGAGCUGGAUAAGAGCCUGUCAGCGCUGUUCUCAGAGCAGAAGAAAAAGGCCCAGGCCAAGAAGGAUGAGAAGACAAAACUACAGAAAGAGAAGACCCUGGUCCGAGACUUUAAGAUCAAGGUGUUGGACCUCAUUGAGGUGUUCGUGGCCCGGCAGGCCGGCAGUCCUCUCGUGUUGGGUUUGGUGGAGCCUCUGCUCACCAUCAUCGACAGAGGAAUGAGCUCCGACAGCAACCAGCAAGAGCAGGACUUCCUCCGCCGAGCUGCAGAUAUCUUCAGGAAUCAGCUGUGUAGGUCCAAGGUUUACUGCAGGACUGUUGGUGACAGACAGGGGGAGCUCCAUGACCUGCUGGACAAACUGAUGACUAAAACCCAGAAAAUGUCAGACUCCUCAGUCUGCCUCUACUACUUCAGUGCGGCUCUGUAUGUGGUGAAAGUGCUCCGAGGAGCUCCUCCUGCUGAGACAAAAGAGGAGCAGCCUGCCGAGAAAGCUGCAUCAAACGACCUGAGGUUCAUGGGGAAUGUGGAUGUGGAUCGGGUCUCUAACGUCUUCAGAGAGGCUCUGACCUCUUUCAUGAGCAGGAGGAAGAGCCCUCUGACCGCUCAGAUGUUCACAGACUUGUUCAACAGAUUUCCCGUUUUGUGUGUGAAUCUGUUGGAUACAGCGGUGCAGCACAUCACAUCUGGGGUCAGAGAACACCAACAGGGCCAAGCAUGUGUGUUGGUGUUGCGGGCGAUGCAGAAAAAGGAGGUUCAGCAGCUGCUGAGCGGUGCUCCGUGGACGGAGCUCUGUGUGAAGAUCACAGGUCAGCUGACAGCCAGUCUUCAGCAGGUUGGUCAAACUGAGAGCAAGGUGGUGAAGGAGAAGGUGGUGAAAAACCUGGAGCUCUGUCAGUUCCUGGUCAAGCACGUUCACCAGCAGAAGCUGUCUGUGGACCUGGAGCCCCUUCAGAUGGUCCUGCAGCCCCUGACCAGCGUCAUCACUUUCAAGAAGACCGGCAAGCUGGAGGACACCUACUGGGCUGUGAUGAAACACUUUGGAGUCAUGAAACCCAAAGUUGAAAAGACAAAGUCUGACAAGGAGGCCGAGCAACAGCCAGUUUCCAAGAAGAAGAAAGGCUUUUUACCAGAAACAAAAAAGCGUAAAAAGCGCAUAAAGCCUGUUUUAGAGCCAGCAGCAAAGCCAGCAGCGGACCAGUCAACCCCCACAGACAAACCUGGAGCAGACAAAGGACAAGCCAAAAAGAAACAUGACAAGAAAAAAAAGCAGAAACGACCGGCCGACGGCGUGACGGCUUCUCAGCCCAAACCAGCCAAGAAGAGCAAGACACAGUCUGAGAGCAUGGCAGCGAAGAAGAAGAAGAAGAAGAAACCCAAACAGAAGAAAGAGGGAGGGGGGCAAAUGUAAAGUGGACACUGCCAUUUGAAUGGACACAAAGUUUUUGUUAAUUUCCUUUUAAAGAGGCUGUGUUUUCGUCUGUUAAUUUUCCUACUGUGCUUGCAGUUUACUCGGCUGCCAGUUCAGUUCCGGCAAUACGUUGGUAUGUUUCAGGAUGAUAGUUCCAUAUUGAAAACUUCAGAUGUGUGCGAAGUACAUUAAGUAACAUUAUUUUUCUAAUGUGAGACUAUUGAUUAAAAAAAAAAAAUGUGUACAACAAUAAAUUCAUUUCUCUUUCUGGAAAUCCAUCGCAACUCUGCUCCUAUUUCAUAAUAGUUCAAUCAGCUUUGUUAUUCAGAAUCAACAAGAAAAAAUAACUAGAUGAACAUUACAUUACUUGGUCAGAUCUCACAGUAAGUUUCCCAUUGGACUAUCAAACUAACAGACAGAAUAUAAAACUCUAAGUGUUUGACAAGAAGGAUCCAGCUCUGCCUUUCAUAUUCACUUCUUCAGACCAUUUGAUAUUUUUGCCGUGAAAAUGAUGGGUCUCCAUUUUUUAGGUUGAUAACAACCUAAGCUUGAUACCUGUCAUGGCCUGGAGUUGAAAAUCAAAAUUUAUAUACAGCACUGUGCAAAAGUUUAAGGCACUAAAACUAAAGAGAGGAUCAUUUCAAAAAGAAUUGCAUGCUUGUGUGGAAUUAAUUGAUAAAUAUAAAGUGCAGUUAACAGAAAAAGCCAAAAUCAAAUCAAUAUCUGUUGUGUCCACCCUUUGACUUUAAAGAAGCACCAGUUCUCCUUGGUACGCAGUUCUUCAAGGUACGUGGCAGGUAGCAAGCAUCUGGAGAACUUUCCACAGCUCCCCUGUUGAUUCAGGCUGCCUCAGCAUCUUCCGUCUCGUCAUGCGAUCUCAGACUCAGUCUCAGACACGCUGCAGAAUGACUUUUGGGAACAAUCAGAACCUACACAUCCAAAGUACCUAGAACUUUGGCACAGCCCUAUACAAUAUGUCUAAAAUGACCAGAAUACGUCUAUAAAGUAUUCACCAUGUGAGGUAGAAUGUAAACAUCCCCCAGGAUGCGAAACCCCCCACGAUUCCCAGGAAAAACACCAAGGACAUGACCUCAGUGUUCAGUUUUUUAUUUUUAUUUUUUUUAUUUAUACAGUAGCUGCUUUCACUAGAUAUCAAUCUACAUAAAGGAUAAACCUUGUUAUAUUAUUCUAUCUUUUUGUUAAUGUCACAAAUUCCAUGUGUUAUUCCAACUCUGUCCUUUCUGACUAACCCCUACUCUAUGGCUCACAGCCCUACUGGUUCCUACUGAAAACAACAGUUUGUUUGUUGUUGUUUUUUUUUUGGUUUUUUAAAGGCUUAAUAAUUUCCUUAAUAGCUGGUCAAUGUAGUUUCCAGCAAACAUAACUCAAACAGGAGUAAAUAAA